UAUUCCUCGGUUGGAAUAAAAAAGGAAAAAAUAUAGUCGUGAAAUAUAAGGGGAACGGGGGGUGGGGGUUGAGAAGUUGUCAGUGUGGUUUGGUAUUUUAACAGUCAGUCGGUAGUCGGUCUCGGUCGAGCAUGGAGUCUACACGUGCAUCAAACAUUAAUGUCGACCUUGCACUGUGUCAUUCGCGUACACAAGAGAUUAACAAUGACGAUGAUGACGACGAGACUCGUAAUAAAUUGUGGGGCUAUUGUUCAGGGAUGGGACGAGUCAAAAUGAUUGAUAUAUCAUUUAGCAAAGUUAUAUUUUUAAUUUUAUGUAUUACUUUGAUUAAUGGAGAUAUGAGGGUGGAGGGAAAAGCCGAAAUAUUUACUAAUGCUUUUCUCGUUAAAAUGAAAAAACCCGCGGAGAGAAGUAUUGCUGAUGGUGUUGCUGUGAGAAAUGGAUUUGUUAAUCUUGGACCGGUACUUGGCAGCGAGACGGAGUAUCACUUUAUUCACAGGGCAUUGCCACACGCGAGAAGUAAGAGAUCAGUACCACACACAAGGAAAUUGAAGAUCGAUCCUUUGAUACACACAGCAGUACAGCAAACUGGAUUCAAGCGGGUGAAGAGGGGCUACCAACCCCUAUCAGUGGAUAAUUUAGUCCCUCAUUACACCCAAAAACUAAUGAAGGAGCAGGCGAGUCAAGACCCGUCAGAUCCCUACUUUCAGUAUCAAUGGUACUUGAAGAAUACGGGGCAAAACGGUGGAAAACCAAAGUUGGAUUUAAAUGUUGAGGCUGCGUGGGCCCAGGGGGUGACAGGAAAAAAUGUCACCACUGCUAUCAUGGACGACGGUGUCGAUUACAUGCACCCGGACCUUAAAUACAACUACAAUGCCCAGGCGUCGUACGACUUCAGUUCCAACGAUCCCUACCCCUACCCCAGGUACACGGACGACUGGUUCAAUAGUCAUGGAACACGGUGCGCCGGGGAGGUCGCUGCUGCUCGUGAUAAUGAGGUUUGCGGUGUGGGUGUUGCAUAUGACUCGAAAAUAGCUGGCAUACGAAUGCUGGAUCAGCCCUAUAUGACGGAUUUAAUCGAGGCGAAUAGCAUGGGCCAUGAGCCUGAUCUCAUAGACAUCUACAGCGCCUCGUGGGGACCUACUGAUGACGGCAAGACCGUUGAUGGGCCGAGAAAUGCUACCAUGAGGGCCAUUGUUCGUGGGGUCAAUGAAGGUCGCCGGGGUCUCGGUAACAUUUACGUCUGGGCAUCUGGAGACGGUGGUGAAGAGGACGAUUGCAAUUGCGAUGGUUACGCUGCCAGCAUGUGGACCAUUAGCAUAAACAGUGCUAUAAACGACGGCCAAAAUGCUCACUACGAUGAAAGCUGUUCGAGCACACUUGCCUCCACCUUCAGUAACGGAGCUAAGGACCCAAAUACUGGCGUGGCCACCACCGAUUUAUAUGGAAAGUGUACCACAACUCACAGUGGAACGUCGGCAGCAGCCCCCGAAGCCGCUGGUGUAUUUGCAUUGGCCCUCGAGGCGAACCCCCAGUUGACGUGGCGUGAUAUCCAGCACCUUACAGUCCUGACGUCCAAGCGAAAUUCAUUGUUCGAUGCUAAAGGUCGAUUUCACUGGACAAUGAAUGGAGUUGGCCUUGAAUUCAAUCAUCUGUUCGGCUACGGCGUGCUUGAUGCUGGCGCCAUGGUGGCACUGGCUAAAAAAUGGAAGACAGUCCCACCCAGAUACCACUGCGAGGCAGGAUCGGUGUUAAAUAACAUGAAAAUUCCCAGCGAAGGAUCAAUUUACCUCAGCAUAAAAACAGACGCGUGCGCGGGCACUGACUACGCUGUCAAUUACCUGGAGCAUGUACAAGCUGUUAUUUCGGUAAAUGCAACCCGACGCGGUGACUUGGAGCUUUUCCUUACAUCACCGAUGGCCACGAGAUCAAUGAUUCUAAGCCGAAGGGUUAACGACGACGACCACCGGGAUGGCUUCACAAAAUGGCCGUUCAUGACUACUCACACGUGGGGAGAGUACCCCCAGGGGACCUGGUUACUCGAGGUUCGCUUCAACUCGCAAGUACCUCAGAAGGGUUGGAUAAAGGAGUGGACCCUAAUGCUUCACGGUACGAGGGAGCCACCGUACACUGGAUUAUCCGCAGCUGAUCCCCAUUCAAAGCUCGCUAUUGUGAAAAAAGCCCACGAGGAGCGUUCGAGUGCAAUGUAACGAUCAGCAAAAUCAUGAUAAAAACAAUUAUAUGACAGAUAAUAUAAAUAAAAGGAGAAACAAUGGACCGAAAGUCAUUUCCGCGCCAAAGUAAAGCAGAUAUAUCAUGACGGAGAUACAAAAUUACCCCAGCGGA